AUGAGGCUUUCUUCAUUUGCUCUGUUUUUCCUGACAGCUGGGGUUUAUGUGUCCUCAGAGUGUUUCCACACUGAAAUUAUUGGAGGGAGAGAAGUUCAGCCACAUUCCAGGCCGUUUAUGGCUUCCAUUCAGUACCGCGGCAAUCACAUUUGCGGAGGAGUCCUGAUCCAUCCACAGUGGGUGCUGACAGCAGCCCACUGCUACGACUGGUUUCCCAGAGGCCACACUCCCACAGUGGUUUUAGGAGCACAUUCUCUUUCAAAGAAUGAGCCCAUGAAACAAACAUUUGAGAUUAAAAAGUUCAUCCCAUUCUCAAGAUCUCCGUCAGGUUACUCAUCACACGAUAUCAUGCUAAUAAAGCUUCACACUGCUGCAGAACUCAACAAGCAUGUCCAACUGCUUCAGCUGAGAUCCAAAAACUAUUUCAGAGAUGGGACCAAAUGCCAGGUUACUGGCUGGGGAGCCACCAACCCAGAUCUGUUGAAGCCCUCUGAUACCCUGCAAGAAGUCACUGUUAGCAUCAUAAGCAGAAAGCGUUGCAACAGCCAAAGCUAUUACAACCGCAACCCUGUUAUAACCAGGGAUAUGAUAUGUGCAGGAGAUGCCAAAGGCCAAAAGGAUUCAUGCCAAGGAGAUUCAGGGGGCCCCUUGGUCUGCAAAGGUGUCUUCCACGCCAUAGUCUCUGGGGGCCUUAAAUGCGGCAUUGCCCACAAGCCCGGAAUCUACACCCUAUUGACUAAGAAAUACCAGAGUUGGAUCAAAAGCAAGCUUGCCCCAUCAAGUGCAAAGUGA